UUGGAGGUGCGUAGUAGAGACAUGCAGCCCGAUCGAGCAAUGAUUGGUGUGCGUUGACAGGAAGUGGAAGGAGAGUCACAGAUUGUUUGUUGUCUCUUGGUGCAGGGUUUGCUCUUUGCCAUAAUGGCCCAGAGGGCUUUCCCGAAUCCAUUUGCAGACUAUGAGAAAUCUUUGGCCACGGGGUACUUUGAUUCGUCAGGGAGGCUGACUCCCGAGUUCACUCAGCACCUGAACAAUAAGGUCAAAGAGCUUCUCCAGCAGAUGGAAAGGGGCCUGAAAAAAGCUGACCCCAAGGACUGCACUGGCUAUACAGGCUGGGCAGGCAUUGCUUUGCUAUAUGUACAUCUAUAUGAUGUAUAUGGAGACCCAUCCUACCUUCAGGUGGCUCAUGAGUAUGUGAAGAAGAGCCUUAGUUGCCUGACAAAACGAUCCAUCACCUUCCUGUGUGGUGAUGCUGGACCUUUGGCAGUGGCUGCUGUUGUGUACCAUAAGCUACAGGAUGAUAAACAAGCAGAAGAUUGCAUUGCUCGCUUGUUGGAUCUGUUCAGAGUGAACGUGCCUGUCCCUUCUGAGAUGCUCUAUGGUCAUAUGGGAUAUCUGUAUGCUUUGCUCUUUGUGAACAAACACUUUGGAAUGGAAAAGAUCCACCGAAACUACAUCCAACAGAUCUGUGACACAGUUAUAGCAUCUGGUGAGCAGCUGGCCAAAGGACGGAACUUCACAUCUAAAAGCCCACUGAUGUAUGAAUGGUACCAAGAAUACUAUGUAGGAGCAGCCCAUGGCCUAGCUGGGAUUUAUUACUUUCUCAUGCAGCCCAAUCUUGGUGUGAGCCAAGCAAAGCUGCAUGAUGUGGUCAAGCCAAGCGUGGAUUAUGUCUGCCAGUUGAAGUUCCGCUCUGGCAACUACCCUCCAUGCAUUGAUGAUAAGAGAGACUUGCUCGUUCACUGGUGCCAUGGUGCACCUGGCGUUAUCUACAUGCUCCUUCAGGCCUUUAAGGUGUUUGGGGAUCAAAAGUACCUCAGUGAUGCUAUGCAGUGUGCUGAAGUGAUUUGGCAGUACGGGUUGCUGAAGAAAGGUUAUGGCCUGUGUCAUGGUACAGCUGGCAAUGCAUAUGCCUUCCUGGCUCUCUACAACCUUACUAAAGACAUGAAAUAUCUCUACAGAGCUUGCAAGUUUGCAGAAUGGUGUUUGAGUUAUGGACAGCAUGGGUGUCGAACACCAGAUACUCCCUUUUCGCUCUUCGAAGGAAUGGCUGGAACAAUAUAUUUUCUUUCUGACCUACUGGUGCCGACUAAAGCUAAGUUCCCUGCGUUUGAACUAUGAACUCCAUCUCAACAAUUACUGAUACAGCUUGUUGCACUUCACUACAUCUGAAAAGGCAGAUUAAAUGGGCCAUCAUCUCAUUUAUUAUUAUUAUUAUUAUUAUUAUUAUUAUUAUUAUUAGCUAACAGAGAAAAAUAUUUGGAUUGUCAGUAUUUUUCAUUCUCUUCGGUAUCUGAUCUGCUUUAAAAGCUACUAGCCUUUUCCCCCUUAAGUUUACAAAAGACAACACUCGGGAUGUUAACACAGGUGAUUGUACAAUAUUUGUUUUUGGAGUGUAUUUUUUAAAAAAUGCAAGAAUGUUGCUAUUUUAUGUAUCUGAUACUAAGGGGGAGAACCUUUUUCUGUUCUGAAUAUCUGCAUCAUCAGUUCUACUGAUAGUGAUGGAAAUUUAGUUUGUUUUUGGAAGUUACAAAAGAUAAAACAUAUGAAGCUGGUUUGUCCUGGUUUUUAGUAGUUAUACAGCUAAUAGCCUAUCAAGCUGCUUAACUAUGAUGUCCCCCAGAAGACUGCAGAGUCUCCUACAGUUAUGACAGGAAUGUACCAAAGUCUAACUAUUAUCUUUCUGCUUCAUAUGGAAAGGUUUUCUUUACUGCUUCUUGCUUUCUUUGUCAGUGGUCAGUGAGCAAAUUUAUAACCCUUAAAGCAUCCACGGAAGAAACUGCAUUUUAGUUUCAGACAUCUGUGGUUUCCCAAGCCCAGCAAGCAUGUACUGCAUAGGCUGACACAUAGGCCUACACGUUUUUCUGUCUGUAGUGAACAGAUUUGGGUCCCCUGUAGCACAGCGACACACUGUGGAGAGCUUUUUAUAAAGGGCUAUCUAUCACUCAGUGUUUUGAUAUCAGCCUGUUGAUAGCUUGGUCUAAGCUGCAGCUUCUUGGAAUAUGUUUAAAAGCACCUUUUAUUAUACACCUUUAUGAAAUUAGGUGGACACCAAACAUUAAGCUAGAGCCAUGUAACUGAUGUGCAAAGGUAAAUGUUAUUGGCAGCUUACUGCUUACUCCUUCCAGUUGGUGGUUGUUAGGAGGUGUUAGUUCCUUAGUCUUCCCUCAUCCAAUGACUUUAGAUCUUCCCGUAUUUAUUAUAAUCAGCAGCUAAGAAGGACACGAUAACCAGAAUGCUGACCUUAUCUUUUAGACAGCCAUAUUAAAUUCAGUUAGGCAAACCUAUAGCAUAACCUGUGUGAGGCCGAUAUUAAGGAUUCACUAUGGAAACUUUGCCGUGCCAUUGACUUCCCAACAAAAUAUUUCAGCAUUGAUUGUGUGGACAAUUAAUUUGAAGUCUUUGAAACACAGUGAGGCUAAUCUGCUGUUGGCUGAGUGUCAUAGUUGCGUACAUUAAAGAUGUUUUGAACAAA